UCAGACAGGAAGAACUCAAAGGCGGUGAGAAGAGCCACCAAGACAUCUGAAGACAUCUUAACAAGCAACCCACUUCUACUCUCUGAAGAUGAAGACGUUCAGUGUUGCAGUUGCAGUGGCCGUCGUGCUCGCCUGUAUUUACAUUCAGCAGAGCUCUGCCACAUUUACUGAGAUACAACAGCUGGAGGAGGCAAUGAGCAACGACAAUCCAGUUGCUGAACAUCAAGAGACAUCAGUGGACUCAUGGAUGGUGCCAUAUAACAGACAGAAACGUGCCUUUAAGUGUCGCUUUUGCUGUGGCUGCUGCAGGCCUGGUGUCUGUGGACUGUGCUGCAAAUUCUGAGGAGGAUUCCUGCUCCAACAACCAUUAAACAUUCAUUUAAGCAGUUUUAUCCUUUAAAUGGUUCUGAUGGUUGUAAAAUUGUGCUGAUGUUCCUGGAUUUGGUCAUGCUGUAGUUAAUGUGUGCUCAGUGAUGUGACUGUAUCAUCCACAUGUUAUCCUAAAUAUCUGAUACUGCAGUGAAUUAUCACAAUAAACUUUAAUGUCUCUAUGAUACUGACUGCAAAA